UACCGGAUCAAGUCGUGGGGCACAUCGUGGCAGUAUUUCCGCCAGUACAAGCAGUUGUUCGCCAGUGUCACACGCCGCCAUAUGGACACAAACGACAGUAAAGAAGUUAAGAAGUGGCAUGACCCCUUUGCGAUGGAAGGAGGAAUGGCUCAAGCGACCUGUCUUCCGCCAGUACGACGAGUCCAUUAUAGAGGAAGAAUCCGAGGAGCGGAAGUAUCAACCGCUUCCCUACCACAAGUUACGUUACGACAUGGAGCGGCAGUCGCUCGACGCUGGAGAAGAGAAUUCAACCGAACCAAAGGCCUGGCGUAGGGGAGCGGCUAACGCAGCAGACGAUACGUUCUCUUCAUAUCCAGGUUAGCCCUAUUCUAACAGCGUAUAGGCAACGCCUCCGAUGCUGUCCGCGAUCAGAUGAUGCGCCACGACCCGAAGUGGGCUACGUUCAACAGCGCAUACAUCAACGAGAAUGUUCGGUUCCACCU